AUGGCCUCCCCUUACGCGUCCACAGAGGAGACGACAAAUGCCUGUAGAGCCUGUCGACUUCUCUUGGGUCCAUGUACAGAUGAGUUACGUGAUGUUUUACUUCACCAUGUACCUCUACCGACAUUUCCACACGUCAUCAAACAAAAGAGGAGUAAUCUUCCCCGUCUGACGGCUCCACAGAUGAAUCUUAUUUUACCGAAAGGUAGUAGUUAUACAGGAAACUAUCAUGAUAUGGACAUUUCCUUAUUAUACACACUACUUAGAAACAUUUGUGGUAUACCACCACACAGCAAUGGCUGGGGAUUUGAUCCAGACCCUACAGAUCUCUCUCUCUCUGCCAACAUUGAGAGAAUCCGUAUUGGCAGAAAUAAGUGUGUACAUUCUUCUAGUCCCGUCCUUUCCAACGCUGAUUUCAACACAAUCUGGUCCACUGUCAGAUCAGCAGUUGUGGACCUUGAUUCUUUCCUUAGCAAUGGGAACAAGUUUAAAAGAGAGGUGGAUUUUUUGAGACAUGAGACAAUGAACCCUGUCCGUGACCGCCAUUACAUAGAAGAACUGAGGAAACAGGCUGAGGAAGAUGCAGAAACUAGAAAAAUGGUCCAACGCUUGAAACGAAAAUUGGAAGAGAAUGAAACUGAGAGAAAUGAGAAUCACAAUAAAAUACUGAAAAUUUUUGAUGAAAUAAGAAAACCAAAGUCUGUAAUCCCUCAAAAUGUCAAAGAUGUUUUUGAAAAAGAUGUCAUACGAUGGAAAGAGGAGGAUGUGGUUUACAGUGAAAGCCACGGUUUCCCUGCAAUGUUGGAUCAAGUCAGAAGUCAAUCUUACAUGACAUUUGUUGGUGUCCCAGGAUCUGGAAAAUCGGCAACGAUUCAUCACAUAGCCCUGAUACUCCAGAAGGAAGAGUACGAGGUCGUACCCAUUAUAGACAUCAGGAAGAUUGAAGAUUAUUCUGACUCUCGUCAUCCACAGGUUUUUGUCAUUGAUGAUGUGGUAGGUGUUUUAGGUCUGCAAAAACAAAAGUUAGAGCCAUUGAUAGAUUAUGAAAAAAGAAUUUCAGAUCCGUCCAAUAGAAAUACAAAGGUAUUAAUGUCAUGUAGGGAAGCCGUGUUUAAUGAAUGUUACAAAUCAUUUUUCGUAAAUGAGGCAAACACAAUUAAGAUGCAUAGUCCCGAAAAUGCAUUGAAUGAUAAAGACAAAAAAGCGAUUCUUCAGAAACAUGGCUUGGAUAAAGAUUUGUUGUCCCCAACAUUACUUGGAAAAACAUUAGAUAUGUUUCCUCUAUUAUGUAAACUAUACUCAAAAGAGGAGAAAUUUAAGAGCAAUGUUGAAAGGUUCUUUACCUGUCCAGCAGAAUCAUUGGCAGCUAUGGAGGGUACAUACACAAAACUCUGUGGUACUGAGUACACCAUUAUUCAUGACUCUGUCUUUGAAAUCCUUGCGUAUCAUUAUGGAUGUCAGUUUCCAGAUCUUUUGUUGCAAUAUAUUAGCAGUAGUUACAUUGCUAAUAACGUGAAAGUACAAGAAUGUAAAGAAAAGUUGGAGGUUGAAUAUAAGCAAGAUGACAAUGAAGAAUUUAGUGCUGAGGAGCAGGAAACAUUAAGUAGUGAAACAAUCCAGGACUCAUUAGAACUCUUCAUAUGGUUAAGAGAGGAUCAGUACCCAAUGUUAGCAGAGCGUUUGUACAGGGAUAUAGAAAAUAUGGAGCUGUAUGAUGUUUUUAUGAAUAAGGUUCUGAAACAUCCUAAGGUUUGUAAGGCUUUCAUUAAGGUGUUAAAGACCAAGUCUUACACAGAGUUAGAGUCUUUAUUUCUGUCUGUACAGAAAGACGUGUCUAAGGUUGUGAGUAAAGGAGAGCGUGUGAGGGAGGAGAGGAACAGGGAAUGGUACAGACAAGAAGUGCUGGUGAAUGAGAAUAUUGUUACAAGAAAAUACAGCGUCAGGGUUAUUAGUUGGGUGGUUUAUUACGGACACAGUUCGAUCCUACGAUAUAUUUUUGAUAAAACAAAGCUGCUCGAAAAGACGCAGUCUGGACUCUUUUUGAAUUCUUUUAAUUCGGAUUUUAUUAAUCCACCAAAAGAAGGGAAUAAGAAUAAUGCAUUGAAUUAUCAAAUAGAAAAUACAUGGUCAUUCAGAAACCUGGACAUUGAUGGAUCCAUAUCUGAACAUCAGCGCUUACUUUUUCUGAGUUGUUAUAAUGGAGAUUUAAAAACCGUGAGAAUAUUUAUUGAAUAUAUGAAAAUAAACACAAUUUAUAAGACCUUUCCAGAUAUAGAGUUCAAAUACAUGUUAGGUGACAGAGUACUUACAGGAGCGUGUGAGGGUGGACAUCUGAAUGUAGUGCAGGAGCUGAUAAAGGAAGGGGCUGAAGUUACUCCACAACAUAUGUGUUAUACACCACUGACAGCAGCAUGUAAUGGUGGACAUAAGAGUGUAGUGAAGGAGCUUAUAGAAGCCGGAGCUGAUGUCAAUCAACAAGGUGCCUUUUAUACACCAUUGACGGCAGCAUGUAAUGGUGGAUAUAUAAGUAUAGUGAAGGAGUUGCUGGUGGCAGGGGCUGAUGUCAACCUACCGGACGGUUAUUAUACGCCACUAACAGCAGCAUGUAAAAAGGAAUGUAUAACUUUAGUGGAGGAGUUGAUAGGUGCAGGGGCUGAAGUCAAUCCAAAAGAUGUUUUUCAUUCAGCACAAGGUAAUUUUGAUACACCACUGACAGCAGCAUGUAAAAAGGGAUGUAUAACUUUAGUGAAGGUGUUGCUGGGGGCAGGGGCUGAUGUAAACCACCAAAGUGCUGAUGUUACACCACUGAUAGUAGCAUGUAAAUAUGGAUUUAUAAAUAUAGUGAAGGAGUUGCUCAGGGCAGGGGCUGAUGCCAACCUUCAAGGUGUAAAUGAUACACCACUGAUAGCAGCAUGUAAGGGUGGAUAUAUAAGUAUAGUGAAGGAGCUGCUCAAAGCAGGGGCAGAUUUUAAUCUACAAGCUGAGUAUCUUACACCACUAAUGGGUGCAUGUGAGGGUGGACAUCUAAAUGUAGUAAGAGUGCUGCUAGAGGCAGGGGCUGAUGUUAAUUUACAAGGUAAAUAUCAUACACAACUGACAGCUGACACUGGGCAUAAAAAUUCAGAUAAGGCAUUUAUAGAGGCACGGGUUUUUAACAAUCCAAAGGGUAAAAUAGCUACACCGCUAACAGUUGCAAUCAAUGGUGGAUAUGCCAGUGUAGUAAAGGAGCUAUUAAUGUCAGGAGCUGAUGUUAAUCCACAAGGUAAGUUUCUUUCACCACUGACAGCAGCAUGUAGAGGUGGGUAUAAGAGUCUUGAGAAGGAACUGCUAGAUGCAGGGGCUGAUGUUAAUCCACAAGGUACGUAUGAUACACCACUGACAGCAGCAUGCAAAACAGGACAUACGAGUAUUGUAAAGGAUCUGCUAAAUGCGGGAGCUAUUGUCAAUACACAAGGUCAAUAUGAUACACCACUAAUAGCAGCAUGUAGAUGUGGACAUAUAAAUGCAGUUGAAGAGCUGAUUAAUGCAGGGGCUGUUGUUAAUCAAGGAAAUAUACUUGAUACACCACUGACAGCAGCAUGUGAGAGUGGACAUACGAGUAUUGUAAUGAAUCUGCUAGAGGCGGGAGCUAUUGUAAAUCUGCAAAGUCAGUAUUACACACCACUGACAGCAGCAUGUGGAGGUGGACAUAAAGAGGUAGUAGAAGAGCUGCUACUCGAAGGAGCUGAUGUCAAUUCACAGGGUAGAUGUCGUAAGUUACAGCAAGAAAUACAUAAGAAGGUAGGGAAGGAGUUCGAAGACGCAUUUGUUGAGUUUUAUACACCACUGACAGUGGCAUGUAUUGGUGGAUUUUUGAAUGUAGUAAAAACACUGCUUGAGGCAAGGGCUGAUGUUAAUUCCCAGAACGAAUAUUUCAUACCUUUGACAGUUGCAUGUAGAGGUGGAUAUAUGAGUAUAGUGGAUGAACUGCUAAAGGCAGGGGCGGAUGUUAAUCUAAAAGAUAAAUGUGAUACACCACUCAUAGCGGCUUGUUAUGGUGGACAUAUGAGUAUUGUGGUGGAGCUGUUGAAGGCAGGGGCUAGUGUUAAUCUACAAGGAGAGUUUAAUACACCACUGACAGCAGCUUGUAAUAAGGGUCAUACAAGUAUUGUGAUAGAGUUGCUGAAGGCCGGAGCUGAUAUCAAUCUACAAGAUAUAAGACACAGUGACGUGAUGACUGAUAGUAAGGAUGAUGUGGUGGUGACACGGAGACGGGUAUGGCGUAUGAGGAGAGGGGGAGAUUUAUAUAAUGUAUUCCUAUUAGAUGAUUGUAAGGUUUUAAAGCAUCUUGUGAGUGUGGGUCUAGAUGUCAAUCAUUGGAUACAGCUGUAUUUUGAUAAUUAUGAAUCUGAAGGAAGCCCUCUGCUGUUUACUCUGAUUGACGAGAGCUAUGCUUUGAUGCUUACAGACAGGUUAUUGGAUAAGGUGAGGUUUCUCCUGGAGGCGGGGGUGGAUGUCAAUGUCAGAGUGAGGUACAGAGAGUACAAUUCUGUGUUAGAAAGAGAGGGGGUGUCUGUUCUAGAGAGGAUUAAACGACUGGUGAGUGAGUUAAGUAAGUUUAAGUCGGAUAGAAAUGCAUUUCUUUACUACAAAAACGUGCUUAAUGUGACGAAGAAACACAUGAGGCGAUACUCUGUGUGA